GCUGGUGCUUAGCCUGAGAUUCGUAUAGCCAUGCAAUCAAAGGAUAUUAUUGAAGCAGCAGAUGAAACCAUAGGAAGGUGGUUCUAUGAUGCAUCCAUUCCCUUCAAUGCAGCAAACUCUUAUCAUUAUCAGCCUAUAGCAGAUGCGAUUGCUAGUGUAGGGCGAGGGUAUAAAAUGCCCUCUUUUCAUAAAUUGCGAGGUAAAAUUCUCAACAAUAUAGUUAGAGAUGUGAAGACAUAUUGUGAUGAACUAAAAUUGAGCUGGAAAGCUACAGGAUGCAGUGUAAUGGCAGAUGGGUGGACAGACAUCAAGAACAGAACAUUGGUAAACUUCCUUGUAUAUUGCCCUCUUGGUACUAUGUUCUUAAAAUCUGUUGAUUUGUCUGAUACUCCUAAGACUGCUGAUGUGUUGUUUGGGAUUUUUGAUAAAGUUAUAGAAGAAGUUGGGCCUGAAAAUGUCGUACAAUUUAUCACUGAUAAUGCAGCAAAUUAUAAAGCUGCAGGUGAAAUGUUAGCAGCACGAUAUGGGACAUUUUAUUGGAGUCCAUGUGCUGCUCACUGUGUAAAUCUUAUGCUUCAGGAUCUUGGUGAAAGGGAUGAUAUGAAGUUGACAGUUCACAGAUGCCAAGAAAUCACGAAGUUUAUUUACAAUCAUGCUUAUGUCUUGAAUUUGAUGAGGAAAUUCACAAAUGGGGCUGAAUUGAUUCGACCUGCACAAACACGGUUUGCUACAAAUGUUUUGACUGUGCAGGGUAUAGUCAAGCAAAGAACUUCUCUCAGGCAGAUGUUUUCAAGUGAUGAUUGGGCUGCAUAUCCACAUGCCUAUAAAAGAAAGGCUACGACAGUUGUGGAUACCAUCUUCGAUGUUGACUUUUGGGAAUCAUGUGUGCACUUAUUGAAGAUUUGUGUACCUCUAGUGAAAGUCCUCAGAUUAGUUGAUAGUGAAGAUAGACCUUCUAUUGGAUAUUUAUACGAGUCUAUGGAUAGAGCCAAGGAGGCCAUUAGAGAUAAUAUGAAGGGAAAAAAGUUGUACAUGCCUAUAUGGAAGAUUAUAGAUGAAAGGUGGUCUGGACAACUUCAUCGCCCACUUCAUGCAGCAGCAUACUACCUAAAUCCUGCUAUUAGAUAUCUUCCCACUUUUAAGAAGGACAGAGAGGUCGAGUAUGGCAUGUUGGAUUGCAUUGAUGUGUUAGUAAGUGACAGUAAAGAACAAGACGCUAUCCAUAUGUCGAUCAACAAAUAUGAUACGGCUUCUGGUACCAUGGCGAGAGACACAGCAGUUCGAUGCAGGACAACUAUGCGUCCAGAUUUGUGGUGGGAAAGGUUUGGGCCUGAUUGCCCAGAAUUAAGGAAGCUUGCAAUUAGAAUCCUCAGUCAAACAUGUAGUGCAACUGGAUGUGAAAGAAAUUGGAGUGUAUUUCAGCACAUCCAUAGUAAGAAGAGGAAUAGGCUGGAACAUAAAAGGUUGAAUGACCUUGUUUAUGUUCGUUAUAAUAUGAAGUUGAGACAAAGGCAACUAGAAACAACAUCUACGAGGAAGCAUCACAAUCAAUAUGAUCCUAUCUUCAUUGACCAUUUUGAUAUAUUAGAUUCUUGGGUUGAAGAAGAACCAACUGCAAUACUUGAUGAGGACGAUCUUGAUUUUUUGAAUGUUGAAGGAGCAGCAGAGAUUGUUGAAGAAGGAGAGGUUGGGUCGGAGCAAUGGAAUGUUGGUGACAUUCCAUUUGCAACAGAGGGGAUAGAAGAAGAAGUUAUUGAAGAAAAUGAAGAUGAUGAUGAAGAAUGAAGAUGAUGAUGCAAAUGACGAUUGACGAUGCUUUUUGUUUUGAGUUUUGAAAACUAUGUCAAUAUGUUCUGAGUUUUGACUUCUGAACUUAUGAAUUGUGAUGUAAUUGAAUACUCUUAGGUUGUUUAGUAUGUUAUUUUGUUUUUUGAAUGUUUGAUUUCUUAUUUUGGAAUGUCUUGUUCAUAUGCA